GGGCAAGGUGUGUCUGAGUUUGACUUGUCUUGCUAGACAAGGUAAUCAUUACCAUCUCAAGUAUUACUGCUGGGCAGGUAAACAAACGGGAGUAAUAAGACAAUGCAAAGGAAAUGCACGAGUUUUGGUGUCUGAGCUGAAAAUUUUCUAAAAGAAAGGGAAAAUGUCUAGUCGGUUACAGUCUUUUCGCUCCGGUGGAAUUUCAAGGAGUAAGUCCGAGGGGAAUUUGAUAGACUUUGACGACCAAAAACCACCAGCGCAAACAGACAAAGUGGGAAAUGAAUUAGAUCUGCUUAUUGACUGGUCUGGCGUAUUCAAUGACAAGUUUAAGAAGCCUUCAAAACCUACAAAUCCCUUCUGGAAUGGACUAUCGGAAUCCAACCCUUUUCUAGAAGAUGUGGUGCAAGCUCACACAUUUUCAAACAAACCUGUGUCAAUCCUGAAGGAAGAUCCUUUUAUGUUGUUCAGAGAUUCGGAAAACAGAGAUUCCUUAGCGUCCUCUGGAGAUGAACUUGAUAUCGAUCGCCUUAUGAAAAAGAAGACCCAUGGAAGGUCACUUAGAUCAAAGAGUGUUUCUGAUUUGGGUAUUUUAGGUAGCAAAGAAUCUGAUAUCCAGAGCUCAGCUGGGCAAAUUUUGGCUCCUGAUUUAGAAUGGCUUCAGAAUGAUCGAGAAGCUUAUAAAAUGGCAUGGUUGAGUCAUAGACAGCUAACGAGAUCUUGUCUUGAUUUGGAUGUUAUUAGCCAAAGUCCUGGCUGGGCACAAACGCAGGCAACCGAUGCUCACAUUGUUUGUAGAAUAGAUCAUCAAGGAGGCUCUGUGCAGCUUCCUGACUCAGACAUAAGUGUUCAUGUCCCCGAAGGUCACAUAGCUCCUGGGGAAUUUCAGGACAUUGCUUUAAAAGCUAUCCUUGAACCACCUCCCUCACUUAAUAACAAUUUUUCAACUACUGUGAGCCCCUUGCUGGAAAUAACAUUAAGCAACAUCAAUACGAUUGAAGCUCUCUUACUGGAAAUGAAAAUGGCUGUUGAGCAAAAGAGUGAUCCCUUUAGCCAAAUUAUGACUGAGAUUGCCACCUUCUACAGCUACAACAAAGAUGGUCCGUUUGAAAAGCUCCAAGAUGGCUACAUUUACAACAGCACUUUACAAAUUAAGCUGCCUAUUCUCAGCCGUGUUACAUACAUAAUAACUGCAGCACAGGCCAAAUCAAUUCAGCAUCCAGGCAAGAGUGUCUUUGAUUACGUUCACAAGAGCACAACGGUGGCAGUGUAUGGACCAAAGCACAUUCACCCAGCUUUCACCACUGUAUUAACAGUUACAGGGCACAGCUAUACUCCAGAAAAACUCACCGUAGAUAACAUAAAAAAACGUGGGAAACAUAUGCCACCUGUUGUUUUUCAGCUCUGGGGAAGACAUCACUUCACACUACAUUGUAUUAGGGAUUUGUCUGUUAGUUUUGUUACAAAAGACUCCAUGUUUGAGGCACAAACUUUGACUAAUGGGAAGGAGAUCAAAGGGGAGCAGCUGGUAAGUGGAAAAAUGAUUCAAAUGCAAUGUCCUUUUGCCCUUAAUGGCGGCGGAGAAAUCGAUUCUUUUAUUUUCACUGUUCAAAUUUUGGAUAAUCAGGAUUCCUCAUUAGUGACAGAGUUUGAUGUAAAAACUCCAAAUCCGGCCCCCAAAAUACUCUGCAGUUCAAGAAUCCAAAAUCGCUUGCAGAAACAGAAAGAAUUUCUAUCUGCUCCUCAGCCACCUCUAAAUACAUUCAAAUACCCUACAUUUCAAGACAAGGUCUUAAAGUUAAACAACUUUGUGGUGACUUUAAAAACCGUUUUGCGGCAGCAGAAGGUUGAUUACCUCCUGGAAUAUUUUAAAGGAGACACCAUUGCGCUUCUCGGAGAAGAUAAAGUCAAAGCUCUUGGCCAGACCAAAAUUAAGGAAUGGUAUGUGGGAGUCCUAAGAGGCAAAGUUGGCCUAGUACAUUGUAAAAAUGUGAAGAUUAUUUCCAGAGACCAAGUUAUUGAUUUCCCAGACCUGCAAUUUACAACCAACAUGCUUUUAGAACAAAUAGCGUUGCCAUUUAAAAAGCUAACUUACAUUUAUUCUUCGGUGCUCUCCAACGUGUCUGAAAAGGUUUAUGACUGGAGAUGCUUAGCUGAUGUGCUCGGUUAUUCACACUUAUCCCUGGAUGAUCUCAAUCAUGGAAGUACUGAGAAGGAGUCUGAGAGAGUAUCUUCAGUGGUGAAAAAAUUAAAAGAAGAUUGUCAUGCAGAUUCUAAAAAGAGAAGAUUCCAUUAUGAACUUAUUAUGGGUCUCGUGAAGGUGGACUGUCAAGGAGUGGUGGCACGUUUAACGCAAGACACUGUCAUUUUAACGGCUGCAGUACAGCUCGGAGUGCGUUGGAGAGAAUUAGCUGAGAAACUCGCUCGACUUACCAAACAACAAAUUGAAGCGUAUGAAAUCCCUCAUUAUGGAAAAUCCGGAGAAGUUAGUUUGCAGAUGAUGUGGAAGCCUGCCUUUGACUUCCUUUACACGUGGGCUGCCCAUUAUGGAGAAAGCUACAGAGAUGUACUGCAAGAUUUGCAUUCUUCAUUGGACAAGAUGAAAUAUCCCGUCACCAGACAAUGGAGGGAGUUAACGGGGGCUCUGAUCUUUGUGAACUGUCUAGAGAUAUUCCGGAUGACCGCCUUUUCUAACUUUGAAGAGUAACACAUGUUUUGCUAUCUUUGUUUAUAAUGUUCCUGAGACUUUCCAGGAAUCAAGCACUGAAAUCCACUUUUUAUGUAAUUACAGUGACAUUUUAGUUUUUGCCUACUUUCAUGGCUUCUUAUAUGUGUCAUUACGGACAGUGCAGAAAGCAGGUACCAUAGCAACGUAUAAAGUAUUCUGAAGGGUCCUGUACAGUGGUGUAUGUUGCAGUAGACUCUCCUUGACUUUGCUUUAAUCAUGGAUUAAGGACAUUGGUUUCUACCUACAGGCCUCUUUGUUCUCUUUGGAGGAGAUACUCUGGGUUUGUGCAUGAACUUCCCGAGAUAAGGGAGAUCAUCAUAAGAAGACAAAUGUACCAAUUUUACUUUUGAGAUGAUUUUUUUUAAGACCAAACCCCCAGGUUUACGAGUUGCAACCCAGAGGUGUUCUGUAUAGUAUACAUAAGCUUCAUUUGAUGCCCCAGGGUACAGUAUUGUUUCAUUUUUUGUGUUUCUGGUUCAUAACUGAACAAUAAUCCCUAGCAACAAUUGACAAGGUUUAUAUGUAGUGUCUAGGGGGAU